GAACACGAGACAACGUCACGUAGAACGAGAUUUAAAAUCAACGUGAAUUUCCUUGUAUUUUCUAUGUAGUUGUGGACUAUUUAUGGCCGUUUACCACGACGAAGUUGAAAUUGAAGAUUUCGAAUAUGAUGAAGAACUUGAGACUUAUUUUUUUCCGUGUCCAUGUGGCGAUCAGUUCCAAAUUACAAAGGAGCAGUUAGAAAAUGGCGAAGAAGUUGCUGUAUGCCCCAGUUGUUCGCUUAUAAUAAAGGUCAUUUACGAUAUGGAUGAUUUCAUGGUGACAGAAGAGGUUUCUGCUCCUUCGCCAGGCCUGGAGAAGGCCUGAAGGUAAUUGAUGUACAGCUGGUUCAUAGCCAAGAUACCAUCAUAUUACCUGCCAUGCAAUAGUAAUCACUCGAGCACAAUAUUGUUUUCAUGGCAUUAUGCAAGAAAUAUUGAUACACCAUAGUAACUUGAGAAGAAACAAAGCAACAGCCAGCACAAUUCAUUUUAGAAGAAAAACAGAGAACAUCUUUUUUCUUUGAUUGUGUUUUGAAUGAAGUGGACUAAAAAAAUGAAAAAGGAAUAAGUAGAGACUCAGUGGGAAGAGAUCAUUUAAUUUGUGAGAGGCUUGAUUUGGUUUAUUCUUGGUGAUGAUUGCAACACAAAGAUGUCUGCAUAUGAUAAUAUAAGAGCAUGCAUGGAUAUUGGAUUUACUUGCAAGAAUCUUUCUGCAGUUUUCCAACAUUUCUCUUUUUAUGUUUGUAUUAAUUAUUGCUUGAUGGGUUAAUUAUUAGAUAUCUUUUUAACAAAUGUUUCACAAUGUUAUGCCAAGUUAAGGGAAAAAAUCAGAGUUUUUGGAGCCCAACUUUAACUUUACAAAUUCCAAAAUGAAAAAAAAMUCAAUAUAUAUAGUAUUGAUGGAAUAUUGGGACUUUUUUUAGAAUUUCCUUUUUUUGUCUAUACAUACUGUGCUAAUUAUAUUAUCAAUAUUUGUUAUCUAAAUUGCAGAUUUUAAUAUUUGAAAAUAUUAUAAAAUACAAUGCAGAAUGUAGAAAUUAACCGUGAUAUUACUUUUAAGUAUGUUUUUAGGAAAGUAUUGUUUAACAUUUUUAAAAGAAAAUUCUACAAAUUGAUUAGCAAUAUUUUGUGAAAGUUUUUUAAUAGAGUAGAUUUUUAUUUGCACGUUUCCAGUAUGAGUCAAUAUUUGUAUCCAAAACUACAGCAAAACUGAUCAUGAGUAAUAUUAAUACAUUAUCAAUUAGCCUCCUAUGCAGACGAUCUGGCUGUAACCUGUUUUUAAUAUCUGAUUUAUCAUGUUUUUUUCCUUUACACUUUUUGGUUUGGCAUUUCGGAAGAGACCAACAAAAUUGAGGCUUUUUGGAUCUGUGCACCUCCUUUAGUAACAGUACUGGCUAUGCCCCUGGGAUAGAAAUAUGUAAAAACAUUCAAUACUGCAAUUCAGUUGCCUAAUGCAUUUGUGAUAUCAAAACAAACAUAAGUUUGAAACACCCAUGUGGUUGCUGAGGUGCCAGCUAUGAUGAUGCCCUGGGUUCCACAGAGGCCCUCUUGCUCCGCCAGUACUUCUUAGUCGUAUUGUUCAUAAUUGCAAUAACAAAACAUAUGACCGUGAGAAGCACUGGAGUUAGAGAGCCUCUGGAACCCAGGUUAGUUAAUGAGAAGUUUGGUGUAUAAAUGUUGGCUCAGUACAGAGCCGAGCAUAUUGUGGCUUAAUUUUAUACCUAGAUUAUAUCAAAGGAAAUUAAAACUCAAGUUGUCUUAA